CUCUAUCUCAACAUACUGCAGUGGGCGGGUAAAAAAAACAAAAAAAAAACAGACUGCAGUCUAGUAUCAUGCUAUGGUUUCCUAUCCAACUCCACACCUAUAGUACCCUGAAACAGGAAAUUAAGACGCCUGAGCAAAGAGCAGCAUGCACGCUGUAUUCUGAGAGGAGCUGCUCAUAGAAAGUGCAGCUACAAAACUUAUCGCAUGUGUUUUCAACAGGACAUCAAAGUAAGGAGUCCCUAAACAACUUGAUGCAGCGGCGUUUGACAGAAUCAACCUACGCUGUCUCACUUUCAUUUGACAAAACACUCAAAUCUGCAAAGAUGAACGCGACCGAUGGCAACUGCAGCACGCCUUCGGCAGAGUACCAGUACUACUUGUUCCCGGCGGUCUACAGCUUAGCCCUGGUUGUAGGUCUACCAGGAAAUCUGGCUGCCUUCUUCGUCUUCACCUUCAGAUGCAAUCCCCGCACAGGCUUCAGUGUGUACAUCAGCAAUCUGGCUCUGGCAGACAUCGUCAUCCUCUGCACUCUGCCCUUUAAGAUCCACUACCACCUCCACAGGAACGACUGGGUGUUUGGGGACGCCGCCUGCCGCGUCACCGGGAUGCUGUUCUUCGCCAACAUCUACAUGAGCAUCUGUUUCAUGACUUGCAUCUGCGUGGAUCGCUACAUGGCCACUGUGCACCCUCACACCUAUCUGAGAAUGCGGAGCCCCCGGUGCUCUCUGGUUGUGAGUGUGUCGCUCUGGUGUGUAGUUUUAGUGGCUAUGUUCAUCUUUGUCCUCAUGGGACCUCUGGAAACCAACAAAGACGAAUCGGGGAGCCACAGCUGCUUUGAGAAUUUCGCCCAGAAAGAGUGGAGCUUGCGCUUGGUGGUGUACAGCGGGCUGUGCCUGACCGCUGGCUCCCUGCUGCCCUCCGCGAUCAUCCUGGUGUGUUACCCGCUGGCUGCGCGCCGCAUUUCCAUGAUACAGACUAAAACGGCCCAAAAAGCCGUGAGGGUCAUUUACACCAUCCUGGCUAUAACGCUGCUCUGCUUCCUGCCCAACCACGUGGUGUACCUGCUGCACCUCCUCGGACGCAUGGAGGUCAUCCAGAACUGCUCCUUGGUCAACGCCAUCUACCACGCCAGACGCAUCACACUGGCGCUCGUCAUCCUCAACACAUGCCUGGACCCCGUGCUUUACUACGUCACCACCAGCCACUGCAAAUGGAAGCAGUUAAAGAUGACAUGGCUGUGCGGAAGAGUUGGGAGGAGGAGGGGUGUUUAUACCAUUGCGGUGAGCUGAUGGGGAAUAGCACAGGCAUACUGGAAUUAGAGCUCUUUACACGCUUCAUCGUUAAUGUAACGUCACUAUUGCAAAAAAUUAGACUUUUCUACAAAAGUGUUUAUUUGAAUUGGCUUUGUACAUCAAAAUAAAAAAGGGACCGAAUUUGAGGAUCUUAUUUUUGCUUAAUCUUGUGCAGUUCAGUCCAUAAAUGAGUCUAUGAAAGAGUCUGCAACAUCACGAAAAGAGAACAGGCAAGUCAGGGCAGCAGCCUGAAUGAGGAUCACUAUCCCAACAGUAUAAAAGGGAGCAAUUCAGCCUUAACGUUGUGCUAAAGUAUACAGGUAAGAAUGUAAAAUCCUCUGCACUGAGAUGGUGUUUAGCCUCAAAUGAGUGACAGUCUUUUUUUAGUGGGACUUGUCCUUCGUGUGUUUGUAGUUUUGGAACAAAAAGAUAUUUCAGCACAGUCCAGAUGGAAGCCCCUUUUUCAGCAGAGUUGAAAGGAAGCUGCCCAGGUCCUCGUCCUGACAAAGAAAACCACAACAUAGAGUCAAAGGCAAAGCAUUGUAGGAAAAGACAAAGCAUCCUUUAUAUUACACUUUAACACGUGUUAACGACAUAACACUGAUACCGCAGAAUUAGGUAUCAGUACACAGAAGAAUUGCAGGGGACUGACUAACUGCGUGUCAAUCACUGCUCAUGCACACGCAUU